AUUGUUCCUCAGACCUGCAAGCAAAGAAGAUAAAGCAAAACACAAUUGUUUCAUCAUCACACUCGCAGGUCUCCAAAACAAGUCACAUUUUGUUCAUCAUGGACAUGAAGAAGGUCACCUGUGUCGUCCUCAUGGCUGCUGCCUCCGUGAGUGCUGCAGUGGCUGCCGUUGAGGUUCCUGCCCCAGCCCCUGGCCCAAGCAGUGGAGCCUCAGCUACCUUGCCCCUUGUUGGCUCCUUGGUUGGUGCCUCUGUCUUGUCUUUCUUUGCCUUGUUCCACUAAGCUUGCAUGACAUGGCAUGCCAAGAUUCAUGCAAAAGAAAGAAAGAGUAAUUGUAAGAAUCGCAUGCAAUAGAAUGAAAGAAUGGAUUAUGUGAUUUUGUAACCGAAAAUAUUCAUAUUGAUAUUACUUGAUGAAUGAGAAUGUCCAUGCUAUUAUUGUGUUA